GUUAUAUAUGAUGAUGUGAUGUUGAUGACUGAGACUGUGGAAAUGGACCGAGGAGAAAGAGUGGAGAUGAUGGUGGAUAUCUAUGACAGUGCAGAUACUGUGAGACAUCAUGAUCUGAGGACAAACACAGAGAGACAUCAGCCACUUCAACACACUGGAAAUGUCUCAUUGAAGAACAGAAAGCACAGAGCAGUUGAAGUGUGUUUGUGUCUGCUGUGUGUUCUUCUGCUGACUGCUGUAAUGAUGCUCUGUGUGUAUUUCAAAACCGAGAGAAACCAGUUACUAACCCACAUUAAUAAUCUGACUGAAGAAAGACAGCAGAUACUUACCAAAUAUGAGCAGAUACUGAACCACAGUAAUAAUCUGACUGAGGAAAGAGAGCAGGUAAAAAACAAGAAUGAUGAACUCCAACGUGUCCUUUAUGAACAAGAUCAGCGUGCUGACAACUUUAAAUGGAUUUACUUCAACUUCAGUUUUUAUUAUAUUUCAUCUGAGAUGAAGAGAUGGAGUGACAGCAGACGAGACUGUCAACAGAGAGGAGCAGAUCUAGUGAUCAUAAACAGCGAAGAGGAACAAGAGUUUUUGCAGAAGGUUGCAGGAUAUGAUCAGUUUUGGAUUGGUCUGAGUAAAACAGAGGGAGUGUGGAAAUGGAUCGAUGGCACCACAAUAGCAAAAGGCAGUGUUAUAAUGAAUGACGUUAAGAGAUCAGAGAUAACUGAAGUUAUAUAUGAUGAUGUGAUGUUGAUGAGUGAGACUGUGGAAAUGGACAGAGGAGAAAGAGUGGAGAUGAUGGUGGAUAUCUAUGACAGUGCAGAUACUGUGAGACAUCAUGAUCUGAGGACAAACACAGAGAGACAUCAGCCACUUCAACACACUGGAAGUGUGUCAGUGAAGAACAGAAAGCACAGAGCAGUUGAAGUGUGUUUGUGUGUGCUGUGUGUUCUUCUGCUGACUGCUGUAAUGAUGCUCUGUGUGUAUUUCACCACCGAGAGAAACCAGUUACUAACCCACAUUAAUAAUCUGACUGAAGAAAGACAGCAGAUACUUACCAAAUAUGAGCAGAUACUGAACCACAGUAAUAAUCUGACUGAGGAAAGAGAACAGAUAAAAAACAAGAAUGAUGAACUCCAACGUGGCAUUUGCGAACAAGAUCAGCGUGCUGACAACUUUAAAUGGAUUUACUGCAACUUCAGUUUUUAUUAUAUUUCAUCUGAGAUGAAGAGAUGGAGUGACAGCAGACGAGACUGUCAACAGAGAGGAGCAGAUCUAGUGAUCAUAAACAGCGAAGAGGAACAAGAGUUUUUGCAGAAGGUUGCAGGAUAUGAUCAGUUUUGGAUUGGUCUGGGUAAAACAGAGGGAGUGUGGAAAUGGAUCGAUGGCACCACAAUAGUAAAAGGUGCACAGGACGGGGUCACAGGGCCAGAGAAGGUUGGGGGUCCGACAAGGGAAAGGUUCCUGUCCAGGGAAAUCCUGUCUUUCAACAGCAUCACAUCGAGGUUCAGGACCCUCGCUGUGCCUCCGGGCCCCUUAGGGACUGUUAGCUCAAAACUGCAGCUCUGCCGAUUGUCUGACAAAGCAGGCCACACUUCCUCAGCGCCUUAUGAUUGA